GAGUCCUGCUCAAGCAUGAGCCGGGCAGAAACGGGCGACCUGUGAUCGCAACCAGGCACUUUCUUGAGAACAGCCAGCUCCUUCUCCACCCCACCCCCCACCAGCCUUUCUCCUGAUCGCAUAGCAACCAGAGAGGGGAAGGAGUUUUCCACUCUUCCUCCUUUUUUUGAACCACGAAUCCUGACUUCUCCAGCUGCCUGACUCGAUUCCUUGAUCGAUUCUCCUCGUUCUCUCCAAAGCGCUCCGUCCUCCUUCUUCCUCGCCGGCUGCCAUGGAGAGGCGAGCCUGGGCAGGGCGCAGCGCGGCCGUGGCUUUGCUCGCUGCCUGGAGCGCAGCCGUCCUGCUGGCCCAGGCGGAGAGGCAGUUCGUCAACGAGUGGGCAGCCGAGAUCCCGGGAGGUCCGGCUGCAGCCCAGGCCAUCGCCGACGAGCUGGAGUAUGAACUUCUGGGGCAGAUUGGAUCACUUGAAAAUCAUUAUCUAUUUAGACAUAAGAGCCAUCCUAGAAGGUUGCGAAGGAGUGCUACUCACAUCACAAAAAGACUCUUGGAUGAUCAACGCGUGUCUUGGGCAGAACAACAGUAUGAAAAGAGGCGAAGUAAGCGUUCGGUAUUGCGGGACUCGGCAGAAAAUCUUUUCAAUGACCCCAUGUGGAAUCAACAAUGGUAUCUGCAAGACACAAGAAUGACUCCGUCUCUGCCAAAAUUGGAUCUCCAUGUUAUUCCUGUGUGGCAAAAAGGGAUUACUGGGAAAGGUGUUGUCGUAACAGUGCUUGACGAUGGCUUGGAGUGGAACCACACCGACAUUUAUAUUAACUAUGAUCCUGAGGCAAGUUAUGAUUUCAAUGACAAUGAUCACGAUCCAUUUCCUAGAUAUGACCCAACAAAUGAAAACAAACAUGGAACACGGUGCGCAGGAGAGGUCGCCAUGCAAGCCAACAACCUGAAAUGUGGAGUAGGAGUUGCAUACAAUUCCAAAGUUGGGGGCAUAAGAAUGCUGGACGGAAUAGUCACAGACGCCAUAGAAGCAAGUUCAAUCGGUUUCAGCCCAGAUCAUGUGGAUAUUUAUAGUGCCAGCUGGGGCCCAAAUGAUGAUGGGAAAACUGUUGAGGGACCUGGCCGGCUGGCACAGAAGGCUUUUGAAUACGGCAUCAAAAAGGGGCGAAAGGGGAAAGGUUCUAUUUUUGUCUGGGCUUCUGGGAAUGGCGGCCGCCAAGGAGACAACUGUGACUGCGAUGGCUACACAGAUAGCCUCUACACGAUCUCCAUCAGCAGUGCUUCUCAGCAAGGCCAUUCUCCCUGGUAUGCAGAGAAGUGCUCUUCAACAAUGGCCACAGCAUACAGCAGUGGGGAUUAUACUGACCAGAAAAUUAUAAGUGCUGACCUUCAUAAUGAAUGCACUUCCACGCACACUGGGACAUCUGCUUCUGCUCCUUUAGCUGCAGGGAUCUUUGCUCUCGCCCUGGAGGCCAAUCCUAAUCUAACCUGGAGAGAUAUGCAACAUUUGGUAGUCUGGACAUCCGAAUUCGAUCCUUUGGCCAACAAUCCGGGAUGGAAGAAGAAUGGAGCCGGACUGAUGGUGAACAGCAGAUUUGGAUUUGGAUUGCUCAAUGCCAAAGCACUGGUAGAUUUGGCUGACCCUAAAACCUGGAAAGAAGUACCCGAAAAGAAAGAGUGCAUUGUUAAGGACAGCAGCUUUGAACCGAGGUUAUUAAGAUCUAGUGGUGAAGUUACCAUUGAAAUUCCCACAACAGCUUGUGAAGGUCAAGAAAAUGCCAUUAAAUUCCUGGAACAUGUACAAUUUGAAGCAACGAUUGAAUAUUCCCGCAGAGGUGAUCUUCAUGUGACCCUGACUUCUCCAUCAGGGACCACCACAGUCUUACUAGCCGAACGGCAAAGAGAUAAGUCACCCAAUGGCUUUAAAGACUGGGAUUUUAUGUCAGUUCACACUUGGGGAGAGAAUCCAACAGGCACAUGGACUUUAAAAGUUGUUGAUACGUCUAGACGAUUGCAAAACGAAGGAAGAAUUGUGAACUGGAAACUGAUUUUGCAUGGCACUUCAACUCGACCUGAGCACAUGAAGAAACCUCGCAUCUACACAUCAUACAAUACUGUCCAAAAUGACAGGAGAGGUGCGGAAAAGAUGACGGAUUUUGUAGAGGAUCACACCACACUGGAGAACCUGAGUGGGAAAAGGAAGGUGACAGAAAGUACCACUGGCACAGAGAAAUUACAGGAUGUGGCCUCAUCAGAUGCAAUGCUCCGGCUACUGCAAAAUGCCUUUCGUGACCAGAUGGGUGGGAAUCGAGUACCAACAAAGGUGCUAAGUGAAAACUCAAAUAUUCCCUAUGAACAUUUCUAUCAAGCUCUGGAGAAACUUAACCAAGCCUCUCAGCUGAAAGACUCAGAGGAGUCUCUGUAUAGUGACUAUGUUGACCUUUUCUACAAUACCAAACCAUACAAGCAUCGGGAUGACAGACUACUCCAAGCCUUGGUUGACAUUCUGAAUGAAAAAGAUUAAGAUAUACAUAUAUAGAAUAAGGCACUAGGUUGGAAACAUUCACAGCCACCCCAUCUCCUUAAUACUCCUCAUUCCAGACUGGCACCCACUUAUUCAAUCUGCAUCAUCAUCAUUUUUAUGGCUUUCUGCAUGCCAACUAUCUUCUUUAGGAGAAAGAGAAUGGGUUGCUUGUUAGAUGUGAGGAAAGCACACCUUUUAUGAAAAGCUUUCAAUAAUCCUGAGAUUAGGCAGCUUCCUUCAGAAAUGAGACUGAUUUAUCAACUUGAGAAAACACUAGAGAUUGAAUGCAGUAGGCCCUGUCCAAAAAAUUAUGUUACCAACCGCAGUCAGGGAUAUUGUUUCAAGCAGAAAAGCCAGCGAUUAUCUAUCUUCUCCUGGAUUUAAGUGAGUUCUUCAACCCAUAGAGAAGAUCUCCUUUCAGAAGGAAUAAGGCAGUAUUGUCACAAAAUCCAGCCAACUCCUUUCAACCCCGAAUGCUGAAGGUUGUCUGUGGACCCAAUCCCCCACCCUGCCCUAGUUUGGAUUCACAUGUACAAAGGCUCCUUCAAAAAAAAUUAUUCCCUACAGCUGUGGUUCAAGCACUUGGUCCACAUGCCUAAAUAUGCCUGCCAGGCCAUUAGGGACAAGCCACACCCACCUGCCUCUAUAGGUAAAAAUGUAGCUGGGCCCAAGCACUGACAAUCAGCGGACCAUCUACUUUGUAUGUAGAACCUCUUAGCCCUGAUCCACUAAUAAUAAUAAUAAUAAUAAUAAUAAUAAUAAUAAUAAUAAUAAUAAUGGCUGGGUUUCCCCAGCCACUCUGGGUGGCUUCCAACCGAAUAUUAAAAACAGUACAUUAAAAACUUCCCUAAACAGGGCCGCCUUCAGUUGUCUUCUAAAAGUAAAAUAGUUGCUUAGUGCCUUGACAUCUGCUGGGAGGGCAUUCCACAGGGCGGGUGCCACUACCGAGAAGGCAAUCUGUCUGGUUCCCUGUAACCUCACUUCUCGCAAUGAGGGAACUGCCAGUAGGCCCUCGGUGCUGGAUCUCAGUGUCCGGGCUGAUGAUGGGGGUGGAGACGCUCCUUCAGGUAUACAGGGCCGAGGCCGUUUAGGGCUUUAAAGGUCAGCACCAACACUUUGAAUUGUGCUUGGAAACGUACUGGGAGCCAAUGUAGGUCAUUCAAGACCGGUGUUAUGUGGUCUCGGCGGCCACUCCCAGCCACUAGUCUAGCUGCCGCAUUCUGGAUUAAUUGUGGUUUCCAGGCACCUUCAAAGGUAGCCCCACGUACAGCGCAUUGCAGUAGUCCAAGCGGGAGAUAACCAGAUAACUUAUUAGGAGAAUCCUAUACAACACCUAUACCAUGCUUGGAUCUACAUGGAUUAUAUAGAUCCUGGGAAAUGUAAAUAGCACCAGUCUUCUUUAAUAAGGCACAGGAAGAAAUGCAGGUGUGACUAGCACCAUACCAAAGCCUGGGCAUCAGGAUCUAAUGAGUCCAGUUAGGCCCUUUUGCUGGUGUUAAAACUCUAUAGCCAUAUUAGGCUCUGAAUGUGCUAAUUUUACCCCCCAAAAUAUCAAAACUAAGUCCAUACAUUUCAAGAGAUAGGCUUCCUGGGGGAAAGCCCUAAUAUAACCAGAGAGUACUAAAUAUAAAUAGAAAAUGCUGAAUCUAACCAGAUCUGGCAUUAUUGUGGUGCUUUUCUUGCUGUAUGACACAUUUGUCAACAUCUAGCAGAGAGGCUAUUUUGUCAGAAAUGAAAAACCGGGGAAGAGAGGCAUGGGUGCUUUAAGAACAAAUGGAAAUUGAAUGCGGAAGAAACAUUUCAAUGAAAGAUAACUAGACUGGCUUGGCUGCUUUAUUAGGUGAGGCCGUGUCUGUAGGGAGGCACCUUAGCCUGAACCCUGGUCAAGGCUGAAAGAGGUAAGAAAAAAGAAAAGGGGGGAAAGGGGGAGGGAGAGGUCAUCAAGGAAAUAACUAGUGAAACAAAAUGUGGGCACAGAGGCCGCAGGAGCAGUGAAAAGAAAUCAAGAGGACAGGAGUUAAAAAAGAGGACAGAAGAGAAAAUGUGGGAAAGGGCUGUGGCAGAAAACAUCACUUGCACAGCAUCUAGCUACAGGUAUGGUGACUGCCAGGGGAAAUGCUCAACCAUCAGGUAAGGUUCAAAAGAAAGUAUAAAUUGCAGGCUGUUGAGCGGAAUAGUACCUUUUCCCCAUGCGCACAUUUUUUGUAUAGAAUAAAGCUGUAAUCUAUUACGUUGAAGAUGCAUCCCAAAGGAGAAUAUACACUGUUGAAUCAACAGUUUAAAAAAUGUAAAUGAGCGCAUUAAGAUGAAACUAAUGUAAAUCUCAUAGCUAGGUGAAUAAACAGUGAUGAUCAACAUCUCCCCACUCUACCCAUCUCUUUCCUCUAUACAGUCCAGUCAUGGGGAAGGGCCGUAGCUCACUGGUAGACCAUCUUCCUUGCACAAAAACGGACCCACAGCAUCUCCAUAUAGGACUGGGAGAAAGUCCUGCCUGGAAUUCUGGAGAGUUGUUGUCAGUCACCGCAGAUCAGGCAUAGGCAAACUCUGGCCCUCCAGAUGUUUGGGACUCCAGAUGUUUGGGCCCUCCCAUCAUCCCUAGCUAACAGGACCAGUGGUCAGGGAUUAUGGGAAUUGUAGUCCCAAACAUCUGGAGGACCAGAGUUUGACUAUGCCUGCUAUAGACAAUACUGACCAAUGAGCUGGCUCAAUGAACUCAGGUGGACCAAGGAGCUGACUCAAUAUGAGGCAGCUACCUAUGUAAUGCUAAUUUCAGAUCAAACUGUAGUGCCAACCAGCUGUGCAUGGUGACGUUUCACGGUCUGUUGACCCAGUAUCUCCCUCGCCUAUAUUCUUCCUUGCCGCCACCAACCAGGAAUUCUAUGUACUGGUACACAUAUAUUGGAUUCCAGUCAGGUGAAAGGUAAACCAAACAAUUAAGUUUAUUUAGGUGAUGAUCUUACAAGCAUAUAAAUUCUUCACGGUUUCUCAGGUACUUUUGCUUAAACUUAACCUUUAGUACUAGUUCCCCCCUUUUCCUCGCUGACUGAAGUUCCCUUCUUAUUUCUCUCUCCGAUUCAG